UCGCGGGGCAGAUCACUUCCUUCAAAACUCCCGGGACGGAAAGCCGCGUGGCUUUCUUUUUCAGAAGCAACAGGAACGACGCCCCGAUGGCGGCCGCUUCCAGCGAGGUCCUCGCCCUGUGCGCGCUGCUCUUCCUCUGCGCGCUCGUGGCAGAUUCAUCCGCCGAGGGGAGGAACGGUGGCCCCCUGUGUGUGGACGGCACGUACGAGCACGGCGGAAGGUUAUGUUGUCAGUGUAGUGCCGGUCAACACCUGAAGGAGCACUGCACUGCCAAUUUACAGUACGGGGUAUGCGAAAACUGUUCUGCAAAUCUGUACAACAUUCAGCCUAAUAGCCUGGAUUCCUGUGAGCCCUGCACAUCCUGCUCACAUCCAAAUGCCAACCUGGAGGUGAAGGAAGCAUGUACCCCUGUUCGUGACACCAAGUGCAGAUGUAAAAAGGAUCACUAUUGCAGCAGCGACGACACAGAGAAGUGUAGAAUCUGCCAUCCUUGUGAAGUGUGUCCGGAGGGCAUCAAAGUAGCCUGCACAGCCAACAAUAACACUGUCUGCAAAGACAAAAUGGAAGAGGGAACUAGAAACGGGAUGAUAAUGGGCCUUGUCGCAAUAGUACUCUGUGUAAUUGGUCUUGCAUCCUUUUUUCUAUUCAAACGCUACCGUAAGAGAAACGGGAGCCAGGACAUAAUAAGAGCUCCAGAGGCUGAAAUGAAGCCUCUGACAGCUCAAGUUGUUGAUCUCCAACCUCAUCUGCCUGACAUUGCAGAAAUUAUUGGAUGGAAGGAUAUGAAGGAAGUAGCAACACGCAGCGGAAUACAAGACCCUGUUAUUGAGUCUUGUCAACUGGACCACCCUAAUGAUAGCCAGGAGCAGACACUUCAACUGCUAAAGAUCUGGGUGGAGAUGCAGGGAAAGGAAGCCUCGAAUAUGUUGGUCAAAAUCCUUGAGGAGAAUAAAAAAAGAGGCAAAGCAGAGAAGAUCAUAGAACAAUUGUCCAAACCUCCCGCUUGAAUGUGUUGCUUGAAAUCGCUUUUCAAAUAUUUGCGCGGUUGUCUGUAUGAUUUAUUCUUUUUAAAUUUGGUUGAGAACACUUUCUGGUCUGAACAUGAACUUUGUAAAAGCAUUAUUUAUUGUUAGAUUUUAAAAGACCUCUCUGAUAAGUCUGGUCUUUUUGACGAUUCUGUGGGUGUGCAAAGUUCAAUUUGGCCACAGCUUGUAUGUGUAUUAAACCUCAUUAAAUGUAUUUUUAAGGAACAUUUCA